CUGUAAGGGUAUCUGUUAAGAAACUGUAAGAAAUCUCGGCCCUGGAAUUAAGUCUGCUCAACAUCACGCUCAGUCGCCGUCUGAGAUUCACUCCGUAUCCCUACAUUAAGCCUCGGGUUCGAAGUGAGGAGCACUGAACGGAAUUUAAUAAAAGUUUUCUGAAAACACUAGGAAAGAGGUGCUGUGAGCUGCGUGUCUGAGGAUGAGCUGGGGGGCGCUAUACGCUCAGCUGGGCGGGGUGAACAAGCACUCCACCAGCCUGGGCAAGAUCUGGCUCUCCGUCCUCUUCAUCUUCCGCAUCAUGAUCCUGGUGCUGGCGGCGGAGAGCGUGUGGGGCGACGAGCAGUCCGACUUCACCUGCAACACGCAGCAGCCCGGCUGCAAGAACGUCUGCUACGACCACUUCUUCCCCGUCUCGCACAUCCGCCUGUGGUGCCUGCAGCUGAUCUUCGUCUCCACGCCGGCGCUGCUGGUGGCCAUGCACGUGGCCUACCGCAAGCGCGAGGCCAAGAGGACCAUCAUCCGCACCCAGGGCGACAAGGCGCAGGGCGACCUGGAGAGCCUGAAGAAUAAGCGGCUGGCCAUCAUCGGCCCGCUGUGGUGGACCUACACCUCCAGCCUCUUCUUCCGGCUCAUCUUCGAGGCCGGCUUCAUGUACGCCUUCUACUUCGUCUACAACGGCUUCCAGAUGCCCCGGCUGGUCAAGUGCGAGCAGUGGCCCUGCCCCAACGUCGUGGACUGCUUCAUCUCCCGGCCCACCGAGAAGACCGUCUUCACCAUCUUCAUGGUGGCCUCCUCAGCCAUCUGCAUGGUGCUCAACGUGGCCGAGCUGCUGUACCUGAUCGUCAAGGCGCUGAUCCGGUGCUCGCAGCGCAAGAAGAGGGAGGCCCUCCGCCACCCGGACCAUGUGAUCAGGGACAAGGCCCUCCUGGAGAACGAAAGGAACAAGAUGCUGCAGUGCUCCUCCGAAUGCUCCAGCGCCAGGGCUGUGUGAACACAAACUGCUCCGCACCUGCCUUUCCCUGUUGGGCAUGCGAAAAACGAGAAUGACCCCACUCUCCCUCCAUAAAAAAACUCUCCAGGAGGGCCAGUUCCACAGUGACAUCUAGUGGUUUACUUUAACAGCAACACUUGUACACACACACACACACACACACACACACAGACACACACACACAAGUGUUGGUUUUUCAGUGUAAGUGCAGCAAUAUCAUUGGCCUUGUUGUGUGGCUACAAAGAGGUAACAUGUUGUACAAAUGAGUUAUAGCAGUUUGCAGCCCUGUCAGUGCUGUGAUCUGCAUCAGUGGCACAGUGUUUGAGCUCACCUACAGUAUUGCCAACUGCUACAGAGCGCAAAUACAUCAGACAUGGCAGCCCUGGCUAGCAACACAGUUAACACAUAAUGCUUUCCCAACAUUUGAAAUACACUCUGUAACAUCAGUGCAUCAUUGUAAGAAUGCAACAUGCUGUCUGUAGAGGUGCUAGACUUUGCCUUUGCACAAGAAGAAUGUGAGUUUUUAACCUUCACAUCUUUAAUCAAUACAUUUUGCAAGGUCUGUAUCAGCUGGGACCUCCCCUGGUGACACAGCCGUGCUAUUGGUUAGUUUAUUUUCCCACCCUCGUUUUAGGCAUCACUGCCGUCUGCUGUAACUGUGGGAGGGUUUGAGUCAUAGAGAGGCCACUGUACCAACUGAGCACUAAAUCAUGACCCACGUCUACACUUAAGGUACCACUUCUACACUAAGCCCUGUGAGCUCAGCGGCCCUUAUCCAUACGGCACACAGUGUUCACAGUGUGACACACUGAUGCAUGGGCGACUGUGCAAUACUACGGCAACACUGCAAGAAAGAACCAUGAAAGACUGUGACCGCUGCUGGAUUUAAUAACUCAGUUGCUGCUGUUGGAGCCUUGAGUGAGGUGAUAGGUGUGGAUCGCUCCAGUAAAGCAUUGUAAAACGUUAUAAAUGAAGGACAUGGAAAAUCUAAGACAGUCCUGCGUAAGGGCAUCUGCCGGGAAGGUGAAUAAUGAAAAUAAACCUUCUGACUAGAGAAGAUGGCAGGUCCACUUCUGUGAGAAAUGACCUUGUCAUUGUGGUUUUCAUUAGUGCAGAAAAAAAGAGGAAUGCAGUGCCCACCAUGGUGAGGAGAAAUCAGAAUAAAAUGGUUUUAGUGAGUGACGUGGGAUGCAUUUCGAACGCGCAGGGCUUCCGCGAGCAGAGGCUGAAACGCGUUAUGACUCAUAUACGAGUCUGCACAGGUACUGAAGGCGUUUUGUUCUGGCCUUUUCGCGUCAGUCUUGCGCUGCGGUGUUAUUUGUUUACGCCUUGCUGUCCAGCCCCGGUACCAUUUUAUUUCGGUGUAAUAGUGUUCUUUAUUCCCGUGUCACAAUCCACACACUUUGGGGGAAAUUUGGAUCAUUUAAACAUGACACUGCCGUGUUAGAACAUUUUUAUACCCUAUUAUUACCCUUUAUGUACAUAUUAUGUACACCUUAAGGACUUAGCCUAAAUGAAGAAUAUGAUAUCGAGUAAUUUCUAUAAAUGUGUUCGUGCAAGUUAUAAAUAAAAGGGAAAAUAAUUGCACUACGUAAUUCACAGCUGUUUGUAUGAGUAAAUUUUACCAGUUUUAUUUAUCACUUGAUCAGACAUUUAUAGCGAUACUCUUGACACCAUUAACACUGACAUGUUGUAUUGAACAGUAUAUAUU